GGCGCUAGAGGCGGCAGGUUGCGGCGGCGCCGGGCGCCGGGCGGCAGCCCGCGGAGUGUGGGUCCCCGCGGCAGGCGGGCGCCCAGGGAUGCUCUUGGGGCUGGCAGCCAUGGAGCUGAAGGUGUGGGUGGACGGCAUACAGCGCGUGGUCUGUGGGGUCUCGGAGCACACCACCUGUCAGGAAGUGGUCAUCGCACUAGCGCAAGCCAUAGGCCAGACGGGCCGCUUUGUGCUUGUGCAGCGUCUCAGAGAAAAGGAGCGGCAGCUGCUGCCUCAGGAGUGUCCGGUGGGUGCCCAGGCUACCUGUGGACAGUUUGCCAGUGAUGUCCAGUUUGUCCUGAGGCGGACAGGGCCCAGCCUCGCUGGGAGGCCUUCCUCAGACAGCUGCCCCCCUCCCGAGCGCUGCUCAGUCCGUGCCAGCCUCCCCUCGAAGUCCCGGCCGGCGCUGGGCCAGGAGCAGCGCAAGGCACUGACCCUCAGCCUCGGGUGCCCUGGGCUGACCAGCCCCGCGCUGCCGGAGCCUGUGGCCCCCGUAUCACCGAUGCCAGGCUCCUGCGCGGACCUGCAGGGCCUGGAGCGCAGGGUGCGGAGGAACGCGGUGGAGCUGGGUCAGGAGGCCUUCUGGGAGCAGGAGCUGCGGCGGGAGCAGGCGCGGGAGCGUGAGGGGCAGGCGCGCCUGCAAGCCCUGAGCGCCGCCACCGCCGAGCAUGCCGCCCGGCUACAGGCCCUGGAUGCCCAGGCCCGUGCCCUGGAAGCUGAACUGCAUCUGGCCUCGGAGGCCCCUGGGCCGUCCUCGCCCACAGCGUCGGCCACUGAACGCCUGCGCCAGGACCUGGCUGCCCAGGAGCGGCAGAGUGCGGAGGUGCAAGGCAGCCUGGCCCUGGUGAGCAGGGCCCUGGAGGCAGCCGAGCAUGCCCUGCAGGCCCAAGCCCAGGAACUCGAGGAGCUGAACCGGGAGCUCCGUCAGUGUAACCUGCAGCAGUUCAUCCAGCAGACGGGGGCUGCGCUGCCACCACCCCCGCGGCCAGACAGGGGCCCCCCCAGCACACAGGACCUUCUGCCUCCGGCCAGAGAAGAGCCCCUCGCGAGAAGCCCAGAAUCCCACUCUAGUGUCCAGCCUGAGCCCAGAGAUUGCCCCAAUGAGGGAGAACUCCUGGAGGUAGUGGCUCCUGCCCCGGAAUGGACGUCCACUGCCAGCCCCACCCCAGGCUCCCAUGACAUGAGCGAGGACAAGGCCAGCCCGGCCCGGACAAGAGAGUGGGCGGCCCCAGAGGUCUCAUUCCCCGUGCAGUGGGGUGCCCUGGCGCCCUGGGCCUGAGACAGAAUGCCCCCGAGCCUGGGGUUUCCGCUGUGGGGAGCAGGGGGAGGCUGAGGACACCUGCCCUGGCCCUUGCCAAGCCCACCAAGCCCCCUGGAGAAGGGGGGACAUUCAAAAUUCGUUACGCCUCAAGGGCCAUGGCUCCUUCCUGGGGUGGAAGAUGUGUAGACACUGCUCCACCGGUGGGUGUGUGCUCGCGUGGGGGGGGGGGACCCUUCACCAUGCCCGUGCACAUGCACAGGACAGGUGUGCUGCCUCCCCUCCCCCAACCUUAAAACCUCAAUAAAUUGCCCCAAAUGGCUUGAGUGUGUCCUGAG